ACGUCCGCGGGGGCGGAGCGGGGCGGGCGCGGCCCCGGAUGGAGCAGCGGGGGGAGGCGGCUCCAGCUGCCGCUCCAGCCCCAGCGCCCGCCGUCGCCAUUUAGAUAUCCCGCCGCGGCAGCCAGCACCGGGACAGGGUGCACGGGAGGGAUCGGGUCGCCUCGGCCUUCGCCAUCAUCAUCAUCAUCAUCAUCAUCAUCAUCAUCGUCGCCAUGAGCCGCCUGUCGCAGCUGCUGCUGUUCGCCCUGCUCGUCUUCCCCGCCGCGCUGCUGCUCGGGGGCGCCCGCGGCGGCACAGGCUCAGGUUUAUUAGUUGCAGCUCAAGAUGCUACAGAAGAUGAGGAAGCUGUGGAAGAUACUGUAGUAGAAGAUGAAGAUGAUGAAGCUGAAGUUGAAGAAGAUGAGCCAACAGACUUGACAGAAGAAAAAGAGGAAGAAGACUUGUCAGGAGAACCUAAAGCCUCACCUAGCGCUGAUACAACCAUCUUAUUUGUGAAAGGUGAAGACUUUCCAGCGAACAACAUUGUAAAAUUUCUGGUGGGCUUCACCAAUAAGGGCACGGAGGAUUUCAUUGUCGAGUCUCUGGAUGCUUCUUUCCGGUACCCUCAAGACUACCAGUUUUACAUCCAGAACUUCACAGCUCUCUCUCUGAACACAGUGGUUCCCCCACAGAGACAAGCCACGUUUGAGUACUCCUUCAUCCCUGCUGAGCCUAUGGGUGGUCGUCCUUUCGGCCUGGUUAUCAAUCUCAACUACAGAGAUGCAAAUGGCAACGUUUUUCAAGAUGCUGUCUUCAAUCAAACUGUUACAAUUAUUGAAAAAGAAGAUGGGCUGGAUGGAGAAACGAUCUUCAUGUACAUGUUUCUGGCUGGACUUGGUCUGCUGGUCAUUGUUGGCCUACAUCAGUUGCUAGAGUCGAGGAAGAGGAAAAGACCGGUACAGAAAGUAGAGAUGGGAACAUCAAAUCAGAACGAUGUUGAUAUGAGCUGGAUUCCCCAAGAAACUUUAAAUCAAAUAAAUAAAGCUUCCCCGAGGAGGUUGCCCUACAAGAGGGCACAGAAGAGACCAGUGGGCUCUGAUGAGUAAUGUUAACUUGUGCAACAGUUGAACCUUUACUAAUUCUGCCUGUUUGGUUAUUUUUGGAUUGGAGUAGUGCAGAGAACUCAUAUCACCAUAAGGAAAAUACUGCUAAACAUUUGGACUGAACAGAUUAACUGAAUGGUGUUAAUAUUACUGAAAAUGCACUUCUCUUUUAAUUUUUUUUUUUUAAUUGUUGGGGGUCGGGGGGAGGUAGCCAUUAAGAUUUGUGCCUGCGUGUGUAAGCGGUUGGUCUUAACAGAAACAUGUUACCUGAAAUGUGCCUUUAGAGUUCUUUGUAAUGCUGGCUUGUCAUCUGUGCAUUGUCAUUGAAGGAUUUUUCUCCUCUCCCUAAUCUGAAUGUCUGGUGACUUUAAUCUGUCUUGAUUGUAUCAUAUCUGUAUCAGAACCUGAAUGCAUUGUUCUUGUUCAAUAAGUAACGUUACUCUUUACGAGGUGCGCACACUGAGGUUUGUGUGUGGUCCUGUCUCAGUGGCCAGGCACUGAUCAUCUCAACUUCUGCAUAGUUUUCAUUCUAAAGGCACAAUUGGGUAUAGCUGCUUGUAGUGGUAGAUAUUUUGCUGCUGUUUUGAUCUGGGCAUGCAGUGACCUAAAAAUCUGAACUUAGCUGCAUAGAUGCUAGGAAGACUCUUGCACAGCAGCAGAACUUGUGAAGCAUGGAGUUUAUGUGCUGAAUUGGUAUUACUACAUAAAUUUCUUUUUUAUACCAGA